UAACAAAACAAAACACUGCCUCGCUGCAAACAGGGGCACCGUUGUAGUGGAAGAAAACAUGUCUCACGCCGGGAAAAAGAGAAAACUGGACAAAACCCGACAAGACAGACUUUAUUUCGACAGCUAUGCCGACGUGACGAUCCACGAAGAGAUGAUCGCGGACCACGUCCGGACCGACGCGUAUCGCACGGCGAUCCUGCGGAACAGCGAGCGUAUCCGGGGCAAGGCGGUGCUGGACGUGGGCGCGGGCACCGGCGUGCUGAGCGUGUUCUGCGCGCAGGCCGGGGCCAGGAAGGUGUACGCCGUGGAGGCCUGCUCCAUCGCCGAGCAGGCCGCCAAGAUAGUCCGCCACAACGGGCUGGAGGAGCGGGUGCAGGUGAUCCGCGGCACCGUGGAGAGCGUGGAGCUGCCGGAGCGGGUGGACGUGAUCGUGAGCGAGUGGAUGGGCUACGCGCUGCUGCACGAGUCCAUGCUCAACUCCGUGCUGUUCGCGAGGGACAAGUGGCUGCAGCCCGACGGGCUGAUCCUGCCCAGCCGGGCGGAGCUGUACAUCACCCCGGUGUGCGAGCCGCUGGCCGAGGACCGCCUGUUCUUCUGGUACACCGUGAAGGAGAAGUACGGCGUGGACAUGUCCUGCAUGGCGGAGUUCGCGCGGAGGUGCAUCAAGAACUGCGACAUCGCGGUGAGCGCCGUGUCGGCGGAGGACGUGCUGUCCCACGCGGCCCGCUUCGCGGAGCUGGACCUGAACACGGUCACCGUGGACGAGCUGCGGCUGCUGCGCGGCCGCUUCCGCUGCGAGUCGUUCGGCCAGGCGUCCGUGAACGCCUUCUGCGUGUACUUCACGGUCUCCUUCCCGUGUCCGGACAAACCGCUGCUGCUGUCCACGUCGCCGUUCCAGCCGGAGACGCACUGGAAGCAGGCGGUGAUGUACCUGGACUCCCCGGUGGAGGUGGUGCAGGACACCCCCAUCACCGGAGAGGUCAGCAUGUACCCCUCGGAGGACAGCGCCAGGCAUAUAUGCGUGCACGUGGAGUACAAUAUAGGAGAGCAGAAAAGACAAUCAAAGACUUUCGCCAUCCCUGACUGGACCUCGGAUCCCCAGUGAUGGAGCGAUAGGCACCAGUCAGCCUAAUAUCAACACUGAAAUGCCAAAGUUCAUGAUUAAAAUCCAUCAGUGAGAUCAAUAGUUCUCUGUUCAGGGGAAAACGGAUGAUGGAGGCAUUUUUAAUUGGUAUUUGUUAACUUUCACUGUCAUGUUGAAGCUGUAAAGGAUUACUUUAGGCCUUCCAAUAUCACACUGAUCCAUACGAAUGCAGUGAUUUUAAAGAGUGUUCACUCUCCCAGCAUCAUAAAAGAUGAUUUUUUUUUUUUUUUUCAUUUUUUAGUCUGGAAAAAUAGUGACCACAUUUCAAUAAAAACAGCAGUUCAAAAGGUUUGAA